AUGGAGGCUCUCUUGACGCAUUCCUUCGAUUACCUCUCCUCAUACGAGCCCAACAAAAUCCGAAAGGGUCUUCGUCAGGUGGAAGGACUACUCGCGCAAAUAUGUCUUUUGCGGAGCAAGCAAACUUCAGCAGAGAAGAGAAAGUCAGCCAUUCCUUUAGGCCAAGCACCACCUGCGCCGAAAGCAUUGAACGAAUUAUCGGAUGAUCCGGCUUUUCGCGAAUUCUUCAAGUUGCAGGAAGGCUUUCAAUGGAAUGUUGCCAUACGUCUGGUUACUUGCCUCGAACAUUUACUUGGUCGCGGAACUAACGGCGCAAAUGAUCUCCUCAUCAUCUCAACUUUGGACCUGAUCCAAGGGGUCCUCCUCCUCCAUCCUCCAUCACGAGCACUCUUUGCGCGCGAAAUAUAUAUGAAUAUCCUCUUAGACUUGCUGGACCCCAUCAAUUGUCCUGCUAUUCAGUCGUCUACACUGUUGACCUUGGUGACCGCACUGUUGGACCAACCGGCAAACACCCGCACAUUCGAGGCCUUAGACGGACUCUUGACAGUUACAUCUCUAUUUAAAAUGCGCGCCACUUCUAGAGAAGUCAAACUCAAAUUGGUGGAAUUUCUCUAUUUCUAUCUGAUGCCGGAGAUGCCUACAAUUCCCACAGUUGCUGCUAGCGCACCAAACACGGCAGUGCUCGGAUUGCACCGAAGUCCCAGCAAGCUGUCUGGAGCGUUUGCGAAGAGCUACUCGUCACCGGGCGACAAUAGUCCAGUGAAGCGCGAGACUCGCACGACAGAGGAGAAGCAGAAACUUCUUGGCCGUUAUCUCAAUAAUGUCGAGGACUUGGUUGAAGACCUGAAGGAGACUGCUCCAUUUGGAAGCAGCGUCUAUUAA